GGCAGGUGACGGAGAUGGUGGCUGGAUGUUAAGUGGCCACAGACGAUGGACGCAACCGAAGAAACUCCAUUUUCCACUCUCACUGGGAGUCAAAGCCUGGAUCUGGACUCUGACUCGGGCUCGGCGUGCGCUCCAGGCUGGGCCUACCUCCACAAGCCCAUCAUCGUGAUUGUGAUGGGGUCUCUGAUGUCUGCUGCAGGCGGACUUCUCGUCGUGCUACGGUCAUGGGGGUUGACUGACGCGUCCAACUCGGUAGCCUCGGCCUGUCUGUCCAUCGGGCUCAUGUUUGUCGUCAUGGGCCUCGUGUGGAUCCCUGUGUUGAAAGAGAAACAGAGGCGGAAACACUACAGCCAGAGCAUUUAACCAGAAGA